AUGCCUGCAAACAACAGCAAGGUCUGGUCAGCUCAGGAACUAUCCACUUUCCUAACUAUAACUGGCGAUAGCGCUAUUCAGAGUGAUGGAUCAGUGAGAAAUGAAAAGGGGUAUAAAGAUAUUUCUCAGUGGAUGGCAGCCGAGGGAUUUGAACGGACAUUGGUUCAGUGUAGGGUAAAGCUUAAGAGGCUAAAAGGCCAAUAUAAAAAAAUUAAGGACGCCAACAGCCGUAGUGGAAACAGUCAAAGUACUUGGAGGUGGUAUGACGCCAUGGACCCCAUUUGCGGUCACAGGCCGGCAAACCAAGGCAGGGAGGGAGGUCUGGACUCAGCAUCUGCACUUCUCAAAUACAUUAUGGAGCCCGACCGUAAGUAUUUUUUCCACUUGGCAUUCACUUUAGCUCUGCUAACAAUUUAUAAAAAUCAAUGCACAAAACCAUUGACUCUUUGCACAAAAAAACACAUUUAUUUGUACAGUAGAAGGAAACACAACACAUUUAUUUAUAAAGUGGAAUGAAAGGAAAGGGUAGGGUAGUUUGCAUCUCAUUGUUUACUAGCUCAGCAUCCCAUUGUUUACUACCUGAUGCUAAGUGCCAUUUAAGAUAGUUAACCGUUAACAUUCUCGUUGUUUGUGCAUCAAACUCGUGGUCUGUCCAUUUUCAGAUACAGUUGAGGGACUCUGCAAUGAUGCCUCAACCUGUUCCGACAUUGGUCCAUCCACGUCGUUCAGUAGCACCAAUACGAUGGCGUCAACACCAACCCAACUACGCCCAAUGCACACACUGGUAAGACAUGAUGAUCAGAGUGCAAGUUGUAAUUGUGCAUUUUUCUAAAUUUUAAUUCACAUUAAACUGUGAACUCACUCAAAGUUCAUCUGUGUAGUUUAUAUUUGUAUGAUCAAAUCCAUAAACAUAAUUGUACAUUGUCAGUAUAUACUGCUACUUUCUUCAUUGUGUUUUGAGCUUCUCUUGUAUAUAUUGUGUUUAUUGAGUUUUUUUAAAUUUGUGUUUACAUGGUUCAUAUGUGUUAUAUCUGUUUAUUUACAUAUUUACAUUAUGUUAGCUAAUAUAUAUCCACCUAGUUUUUGUACCAUUGCUAAAAAAAUUACUAUUCUGUGCGCACAGUCACAGAGGAGAUGUGGGCAGCAGAUGAAAGGCAUCAGGAAAGAAUGGAGAACCUUUCUGAGCGACGGUUUCAGGCACUGCGUCAGGAUGCCCAGGAAGUGAGAUGCCAGGAGGCAGAAAUCACACUGCAGCAGAUGGAGUAG